AUGGAGGGCGGCUCAGAGACUUCAGAGCUCCCCAUCGCGCUGCGGCGCACACGGCGCAAUCCGAGUCCCAAGCAAACACCAUGCGCCUCACCUAAGCGGCCCGCACGCGGGAACCUGGCUAUGAACACGCCAAAAUCCAGGAAGGGGCGCGUUCGGUUCUCAGACCCGGGCCCGGAUCUGGCUGGGAAAAAAUACCAAUCCUCAACAGGGUUGACACCUAUGAUACAACGAACCUCUCUUUCCGGCAGUCGGACACCACGUCGACGUUCCACUCCGGCCCGCCUGUUUCCAUCAAACGGCAACGGCAUUCCGGGCUUAGACUCACAGGGCUCUCCGUUUGGCGGCGAAGUCCACUUCCUCCCCCUCCGCCAAGUUCUGGAUGGCCGUGUCAAGCGCCGCAUCCGGCGCAAUGGCCUGAGCGAGGAGAUGAACACCAUAUCAACCGAGAAGAGGCGGCGGGCGGAGGAGACCAAGGCUGAGAUUGAGCGGCUGAGGACCGAGUUGGCCGAGAAGGAUGGGGAAAUCGAGCGGUUGCAUGAUGAGACGGUAGUGCUCGAUACGGAGCGUGUGUGGGACCUAGAGCAACAGGUUGCUUCACUGAAGAGGCAGUUGGCUAGUCGGUCGGGGGUCCAGGAAGUGCCGAGCAGCCCACCUGUUGGGUGGACCAGCGCUGCCCGCGAUCCUUAUUCCGACAAUUUUAUGGAGUUAGACGUCGAGGAUUCCGGGGCGGAGUUCGGCGAGUCCACAAGGGCAGAACUGGCGUGCAGCACUCCCACCAGACGAAUGUGCGCAGCGUUCCCAACGCCUCCAGCCACAAGCCCCGAACCGAAAACCCCCGAGACUCCUUGCCGACAUUUGCCCACGCCGCGCUCAAGUACGGCCAUUCAAACCUCGCUGCCAGACCCAGAAAAGCAGCACCUAGAAGAAGAGCUAGGGCUACUGCGGCUCGAGGUCGCCAAACUGACAACCACACUCGAGUCCUACUCCGCCUUGACCUCCCGGCUGUCAGACAAGCUCACCCCGAUUCUCCCCCAAACCUCAUCCGACGAACCAUCCACAGAGGACCCAGACAUCGAAACCCACCUCACCACCGUCCUCCAAACCCUCUCCGACCGCACCGCAGCCCUCACCGCGCUCGACUCCUCCCUCAAAACCCUCGGCUUCCCCGGCGCCGACGGCUUCGAAGUCCUCGAAUCCCUGCGCGCCUCCCUCCGCACCGCCCGCCUCGAACUCGAAUACCUCACGCCCGGCGAAACCCCCCUCCCGCUAACCGGCGCCGGCUUGGAGGUCCUCACCCUCACCCUCACCCACCUCCGCGACCUCACCCACAAGUUCCGCGACGCAACCGACACCAUCGACGAGUACCACGCCCUCAUCAUCUCCUUACGCAGCCAGCUCCGCGCCCGCGUCGCCGCCACCGACAGCCUCAGUUCCCAACUCACCACGACAGAACACACCGUCCACACCAAAGACGCGCACAUCGCCGCGCUGGACGCCCACCUCGCCGACGCCGCGCAAGCCCACACCCGCGACGUCGCGGACCUGGAAUCGCUCACCGCGCGCCUCGAGACAGACCUUGCCGCAGCGCGUGCGGCUGCUGAGAGCGAGAAUGCCGCGCACGCGGUUGUGGUGGCCGAGCUGGAGGGGCAGCUUGCUGCCGCGCAGGCGCGGAUGGAGGGGCUGCAGGCGGAGAUGGACGCGCUUGUGGUUAAGCAUGGGGAGGAGAGGGGGGUGCUGGAGAGGGCGCAUGGGGCGGCGCUGGCGGAGAGGGAUGCGAGGGUGGUGGAGCUGGAGGGGGAGGUGGAGAGGAGGUUGAGGGCGGAGAAUAGGAGGUUGGGGGAGGUGGGUGUGAGAGAGAGGGGGAGGGCGGAGGAGGUUGUCAGGGGGAUGAGGGGGGAGUUGGAGAAGGUGUUGAGGAUGGGGGAGGGGUUCUUGAGUGGGAACCGGGGGGGUGGGGAGGAUGAAAGUGAGGUGGUAGCGCCGCUGGGUGAGAGUAAGGUUGGGAGGUCGUUGAGUGACUCGGAUGAUGUGGCGAGUCUGUCUGGGAGGACCGGGAAGAGGAGAAAGUAUGACAGUGGGUUGGGGUUCUUGGAUGAGGAAGCCGAUGCUGCGGAUGUGUGA